AUGCUGGCGGAUUUGUCUGGUAUUGUUGGGGAGAAUGUGCCAUUGUCAACUUUAAAGGUUCUUGCAGACAUAUCGAACGGAAACUUGGAAAGGGCUGUGAACAUGUAUUUCGACGGGUCUUGGAGGCAGCACCUUCCUCAGUCUGUGGCACCUGUGCCAAAACGGGCGAGCCCGCCGGUACAGCAGCCCACACAAACGUUUGCGGCCCAGGCUGCCGCGCCGCCACAAGCAACGCAACCGCGGCAGAAAUUACCAAAACGUCGGGCACGUUGGCAUCGCAAAUACAUUGGGUCCUUUGGUGUCGAAGGAUAUGCUGCAUCAUCAGGCUCCAAUCUUAUCAAAGGCGGCGAGGCUAUCCGUUUGGAACGCCAGAAACUGUCAACUCUGGCAAAAGGGCGUGGUAAUUCUCCGUCAAGCUCCGGGAAUGGUACCAGAAAGCUGCAGGCAAAGUCCAGGGGAGUUCCACACAGACUAUCUGGACAGAUGGUACCUUCUAGUAUGAAUACCGUCGUUCGCUUUGUCAACAUGCGAGGCUUCGAGAUCGGGCGAUUACCCAAGGAGAUGGCCAGUGUUGUUGCACCUCUCAUCGACGGCGAUAUCUGCGAAUUCGAAGGGACAUGCAUUUAUGCUCCGGAGACGCUUCGUACUGGACAGAACAUUUUGCUGCAGCUACAUUGCUACGUUCUGUUUGAUGCUUUCGCUGCGCAUACAUUAUCGCCUGAGGAACAGAUUCAGGAUCGACCAUUCCAUUUCGAGAAUGAGUCGGAGGACGAGCGCCGGUUACGCCUACGGAGACAUGCACUCUUAAAGAUUCUUGACGAAGUCCACCUUGAACCUGUUCAGACCAACGAUGUCACACGCCAACAUAAGCGCGCUGGGUUGUGGGAAGCUGCUCAAAUGGCUGACCACUUUGAAAGUGCUAGAGCUAUUAGCUCAUCGCAAGCUACUCCUCCUCUCAAAACAGAUGAUUCAGACGAAGCAGAAGAAGGUCAGGAGUUGGACACCCACCAACUUGACGCACUCUAUGCAAAAGCGCAGCAGUACGACUUCAACAUGCCCUGCAUGGACCCAGCCGAUACAUUUGCCUUCGAUCUGCGGAAGUAUCAGAAGCAGGCGUUACAUUGGAUGGUCAACAAAGAGCGUGCAGAUGAGGAAAGUGCGAGAACAACAAAUGCCUUGCAUCCGCUGUGGGAAGAGUUUAUGUGGCCUACACAGGAUGCUGAUGGUAAGACCAUUGUGCACGAAGAGGACGAUGACAAGUUCUACUUGAACCCGUACUCCAGUCAGCUGUCUCUAGAGUUUCAGAAGGCUGGCCAAGAUUCUUUUGGAGGCAUUUUGGCUGAUGAGAUGGGACUGGGAAAGACUAUUGAGGUCCUCAGUCUGGUACAUACGAACAAAUGUUCUGAGUCUGACAUGAACGAUACCAUGGAGCGUACCGGCGGCAAGAACUUUGCUUCACGGACCACGCUGGUGAUUGCUCCGAUGUCUCUUCUCUCACAGUGGCAUUCUGAAGCACAGAACUCUGCUAAACCCGGUACAUUGAAAUCAUUGGUAUACUAUGGUGCAGACAAGUUGAAUAUCGACAUUCGUGCCUUAUGCUGUGGUCCAAACGCAGCGCAUGCUCCCGAUGUGAUCAUCACGUCUUAUGGGACCCUGCUCUCUGAGUGGGGCUACACAAAUGGAGGGCAAAACGCACCUUCUGGGCUAUUCAGCGUUGAGUUCUACCGCGUUGUCUUGGACGAAGCUCACAGCAUCAAGAACCGUGCUUCGAAGACCGCAAGGAGUUGUUAUGCAAUCAAGGCGCAGAGGAGGUGGGCAUUGACCGGUACGCCGAUCAUCAACAAACUGGAGGACCUCUACUCACUGGUUCAUUACCUCCGUGUUGAGCCGUGGGGUAACUUCAGCUUCUGGCGAACGUUCAUCACCGUGCCUUUCGAGAACAAGGAAUGGGUCAGAGCUCUGGACAUCGUGCAGAGUGUGCUAGAGCCUAUCGUCCUGAGAAGGACGAAGGAUAUGAAGGAUGCCGAUGGCCAGCCGAUUGUACCGCUCCCAGGAAAGACGAUUAUCAAGGAGUGCCUCGAGUUAUCUCCCGCUGAACGAGAGAUCUACGACUAUGUCUUCGUUCGUGCGAAGAAUGCAUUCGCUGGUGCGAAACAAGCUGGCACGAUCUUUAAGAAUUUCACAGGCAUCUUGACCAUGCUGCUACGAUUGCGUCAAAGUGUCUGUCAUCCAAAGCUAGUAAAGCAGAGGAUCGGGGCUGCAGACCUCGAAGAGUCCGUAGAAGGAGAAAACGAGUCAAAUGCAUUCGAUGUCAGCGGUGAUGAUGUUGAUCUUCAAUCUCUGAUUUCACGCUACUCCGAAGAGAACGACCAAAAUGCCAACGUCAAGUUUGGUGCAAACGUCAUCAAGCAAAUUCUUGACGAAGCUGAACAGGAGUGUCCCAUCUGCUGUGAAUCGAUCGAGAAUGAGGCAGUUACGCCUUGCUGGCAUAUGGCUUGCAAGGAGUGUAUCACCGGCCAUAUCCAAUAUCAGCGCAGCAAGGGCGAGGCACCUCUCUGCCAUACGUGCCGGAAACCAAUCAGUGAAGGUGAGAUCUACGAUGUAAUUCGACACCCGCCAGUCGUGCCGGGCGAGUUACCUGAGGUCAUUCUUCGUCGAGCACAGGGCACGUCGUCUGCCAAGCUUGACGCACUCCUGGGCCACCUCAAGACACUACGAAAGACGGAGCCGAUGACGAAGUCCGUUGUCUUCAGUCAGUUCACGUCGUUCUUGGAUUUGAUCGAAGCGAGACUGAGGAAAGAGAAGUUCACGGUUCUACGUCUGGAUGGUACUACCAGUCAGAAGAAUCGAGCUGCCGUGCUGGAGAACUUACGGAGUCACGAAGGCGGACUGGUGUUGCUUAUUUCACUGAAGGCGGGUGGAGUUGGUCUCAACCUUGUCUCUGCCUCGAGAGUCUUCAUGAUGGAUCCUUGGUGGAGUUUCGCAAUCGAGGCACAAGCCAUUGAUCGCAUUCACAGGAUGGGCCAAGAACGGGACGUAACGAUCGUGCGCUUCAUCGUGAAGAACUCGGUCGAGGAGAAAAUGCUGAAAAUCCAGGAGAGGAAGAAUUUCGUGGCGUCGUCUCUCGGCAUGUCAAAGGAAGACAAGAAGGCACAAACGAUGCAAGAUAUCAUGACAUUGUUUGAGGAUUAG